AUGGACGCGCGCGGGGGCGGCGGGCGGCCCGGGGAGAGCCCGGGCGCGACCCCUGCGCCGGGGCCGCCGCCGCCGCCGCCGCCCGCGCCCCCCCAGCAGCAGCCGCCGCCGCCGCCGCCGCCUGCGCCGCCCCCGGGCCCCGCGCCCGCUCCCCCACAGCAGCCGCCGCGGGCCGAGGCGGCGCCCCCCGAGGCGGCGGACGAGGGCGGCCCGCGCGCCCGGCUCCGCAGCCGCGACAGCUCGUGCGGGCGCCCGGGCACCCCCGGCGCCGCCAAGGGCAGCCCAAACGGCGAGUGCGGGCGCGGCGAUCCGCAGUGCAGUCCCGCGGGUCCCGAGGGCCCAGCGCGCGGCCCCAAGGUGUCGUUCUCGUGCCGCGGGGCGGCCUCGGGGCCCGCGGCGGCGCCGGGCGCGGCGGGGCCGGCGGACGAGGCCGGCAGCGAGGAGGCGGGCCCGGCAGGGGAACCUCGCGGCAGCCAGGCCAGCUUCCUGCAGCGCCAGUUCGGCGCGCUCCUGCAGCCCGGCGUCAACAAGUUCUCGCUGCGGAUGUUCGGCAGCCAGAAGGCAGUGGAGCGCGAGCAGGAGCGCGUGAAAUCGGCGGGGGCCUGGAUCAUCCACCCGUACAGCGACUUCAGGUUCUACUGGGACUUCACCAUGCUGCUCUUCAUGGUGGGGAACCUCAUCGUCAUCCCCGUGGGCAUCACCUUCUUCAAGGACGAGACCACCGCCCCCUGGAUCGUCUUCAACGUCGUCUCCGACACCUUCUUCCUGGUGGACCUGGUGCUCAACUUCCGCACGGGCAUCGUGAUCGAGGACAACACGGAGAUCCUCCUGGACCCCGAGAAGAUCAAGAAGCGGUACCUGCGCACCUGGUUCCUGGUGGACUUCGUGUCCUCCAUCCCCGUGGACUACAUCUUCCUCAUCGUGGAGAAGGGCAUCGACUCCGAGGUCUACAAGACGGCGCGCGCCCUGCGCAUCGUGCGCUUCACCAAGAUCCUCAGCCUCCUGCGGCUGCUGCGCCUGUCGCGGCUCAUCCGCUACAUCCACCAGUGGGAGGAGAUCUUCCACAUGACCUACGACCUGGCCAGCGCGGUGAUGCGCAUCUGCAACCUCAUCAGCAUGAUGCUGCUGCUGUGCCACUGGGACGGCUGCCUGCAGUUCCUGGUGCCCAUGCUGCAGGACUUCCCCAGCAACUGCUGGGUGUCCAUCAACAACAUGGUGAACCACUCCUGGAGCGAGCUGUACUCCUUCGCGCUCUUCAAGGCCAUGAGCCACAUGCUGUGCAUCGGCUACGGGCGGCAGGCGCCCGAGAGCAUGACGGACAUCUGGCUCACCAUGCUGAGCAUGAUCGUGGGCGCCACCUGCUACGCCAUGUUCAUCGGCCACGCCACCGCCCUCAUCCAGUCCCUGGACUCCUCCAGGCGCCAGUACCAGGAGAAGUACAAGCAGGUGGAGCAGUACAUGUCCUUCCACAAGCUGCCGGCCGACUUCCGCCAGAAGAUCCACGACUACUACGAGCACCGCUACCAGGGCAAGAUGUUCGACGAGGACAGCAUCCUGGGGGAGCUCAACGGCCCGCUGCGGGAGGAGAUCGUCAACUUCAACUGCCGUAAGCUGGUGGCCUCCAUGCCGCUGUUCGCCAACGCUGACCCCAACUUUGUGACAGCCAUGCUGACCAAGCUCAAAUUCGAGGUCUUCCAGCCAGGGGACUACAUCAUCCGGGAGGGAACCGUGGGCAAGAAGAUGUACUUCAUCCAGCACGGCGUGGUCAGCGUGCUCACCAAGGGCAACAAGGAGAUGAAGCUGUCCGACGGCUCCUACUUCGGGGAGAUCUGCCUGCUUACGCGGGGCCGGCGCACGGCCAGCGUGCGGGCCGACACCUACUGCCGCCUCUAUUCGCUGAGCGUGGACAACUUCAACGAGGUGCUGGAGGAGUACCCCAUGAUGCGGCGCGCCUUCGAGACCGUGGCCAUCGACCGCCUGGACCGCAUCGGGAAGAAGAACUCGAUCCUGCUGCACAAGGUGCAGCACGACCUCAGCUCGGGCGUGUUCAACAACCAGGAGAACGCCAUCAUCCAGGAGAUCGUCAAGUACGACCGCGAGAUGGCGCAGCAGGCCGAGCUGGGCCAGCGCGUCGGCCUCUUCCCGCCGCCGCCGCCGCCGCAGGUCACCUCCGCCAUCGCCACGCUGCAGCAGGCAGUGGCCAUGAGCUUCUGCCCGCAAGUGGCACGCCCCCUGGUGGGGCCGCUGGCGCUGGGCUCUCCCCGCCUCCUGCGCCGCGCCGCCCCCGGGCCCGCCCCCGCGGCCAGCCCCCCGGGCGCGCCCGCCAGCCCCCGGGCCCCGCGGACCUCGCCCUACGGCGGCGCGCCCGGCUCGCCCGCCGCCCCCCGCGCCGGGCCCGUGCUGCCCGCGCGCCGCCUGAGCCGCGCGUCACGCCCACUGUCCGCCUCGCAGCCCUCGCUGCCCCACGGCGCACCCGGACCCGGGCCCGCGACUUCCGUGCGUCCAGCCAGCAGCUCCACGCCGCGGCUGGGGCCAGCGCCUGCCGCCCGGGCUUCCGGGCCCAGCCCGGACCGCAGGGACUCGGCCUCACCCAGCGCCGCCGGCGGCCUCGAUCCGCUGGACUCUGCGCGCUCGCGACUCUCGUCCAACUUGUGACCCUCGCGCACCGCCCCGCGGGCCAGACGGGCCAGGCGGGGCCGUCAUCCAGACCAAAGCCAUGCCAUUGCCCGGCCGCCCACGCGCGCAGAAGCCAUAGAGGGACGUAGGUAGGCUAGUCCGACGGGCGGCGGGCAGCACGCGGCCCCUCCAGCCCCGCUGCCCCCUCAUCGCCCUGCGCCCACCCCCAUCGCCCCUGCCCUUGGUGGCGGCCGUGAGGGGCUCCCUUCACCUCGGUGCCUCAGUUCCCCCAACUGUAAAACGGGGACGGGGCCGGCCACUGGCCGGAGGUGGCGUGGAGCCCCGCCCGCCCUGCCCCCCAGGUGGCCGCGUCUGAGGAGUGUUUUUAAGUGCAAUACUUGGCCUUCGGCUUCCCCUGCCCACAUCGAGCUCACGCAAUAACUGGCCCGCUCCUGUCCACGUGCAUCCGAGGUGGCCUGCGGGAGAGGGCACAACAGUCCCCCCCAGCGUCUGGCACCCAGGGGCGGGCGUCCUGGCUGCACCAGGCGUGGGGCCAAGGCUGGGGUCCCCGUCGUCAUGAUGAAUGUACUGACGAGCGAGGAGCAGCACCCACUGCGGCCCCCACGCCCCAUUAACCCCACACCCCAUUCCGCGCAAUAAACGACAGCAUUGGCGCCCAGCGCCUGGCGUCUGGUU